AUGUUUGCUUCACGAAUGCUUCGAAUGGCAGUAACAAAAACAUCGACGGGUUUAGUGGGACUUAAAGUAAACCCAAAUGCUCGUCAAGAUCUUAUUACUAUCUACCGCCGGACGUUAGAGGAAGUCAAAAUUCUUCCACCUGAGGCCAAGAAUUACCGUAAUGCGGUAGAAGAAAUCACCAAGUAUCGUCUUAAUGUGGUAGAGACCAAUGUGGAUGAGGACGUUAUUGAGCGCAAGAUUAAUUGUGGACAGCUCGAAGAACUGAUUGAACAAGCUGAGGAUGAACUGAGUGUUAUUCCCGUGUACAUUGAACACAAACUGUGGGAAAGUCCCAUCGAGGCCGCACAACAAUCGUAG